CACUUAGUUUUUAGUUUCUUUCAAUACACAAUGUCGAUCAAGUUAGCACUAAGUGUUUUAGCUAUAAGCUUAGCUACAGUAAUCUGUAAUGAAAAUGCUUCAACAACAGCGUUUUGGAAAGGAACAAUUUUGGAUUCUCAUAUUGAGAAAAUGAGGUCAGCAUGUGCGGAAAAAGAUAGUAUUGCUUGUUUUCAGUAUAAUGCGUUUAAAUUUUUGGAUGGUAUUUUCAGAAAAGACUAUUUCCACGUCGGUGAUAGCGUGCAAGUAACACGUAAUAAUUAUGCUUCUAAUGAAAUAGAGUCUCGCUCUUACGACAACUUAGAAGACAGUGUUGAAGACUAUAUUAAAAAACACGAUGUUAAAUUUAGAGUACCUCUAAUUGGAGAUGUCACAGUUGAUUCUUCAGCAUUGGACAGCGAACAGGUGGAAGUUAAAUGGAACUUUGGAUCUGGAAGAGCUUUUGACGAAGAUGAAGAAGAUGAAGGUCGCAGCAAACACAAAAUCAAAAUCAAGAAAUCAAAAAUCAAGAAAAUCCUUAGCCCAAUAUUGAUCUUCAUUCUACUCAAGGCCAUCACUUUAGUACCAUUCGCGAUAGGAGUCUUAGGUCUGAAAGCCUGGAAUGGUCUUCAACUGGCAUUUAUCUCUUUCAUCAUAUCAGCGGGAUUGGCGAUCUUCCAACUUUGCCAGAAACUGGCAGCCGACCACGCACAUGCACACAUUUCUACUGCUGGACCAUGGGAAAGUGUGGGAUCUCCUCAGUGGGGCAGAAGUUUGGAUGACGAUGCUCAAAAAUUGGCGUAUUCUGCAUAUGCUCAAUGAAACUAGGCACCUUAAUGAUCUGUGUUACUAAUAUUAAAAUUAUUUAUUUAUUUAUUAUUUUGUGUUUGUUUUAAAACAGUAAAUUAAAAAUUACAGA